UGCAGGCGGUCGGCGGCGGAGCGCUGGCUGUAACUUGACACCGGAGCGAGAGGCCGAGCGGAGAGAGGAGUGAGAGCGGCGGCGGAGGAGGAGAGGAGCCCCAGGGAGCGGGAUGGUGACCACCUCCUUCCCCUCCCCUUAGCGGCGCUCCGCAACAGCCGCCGCCGCAGCGCCGGGGACUCUCGCCCGCCCCGAGCAGCUGGCGAUGGGAACGGGACGGGUCCCCUGAGCUCCCGGGAACUUUCCCCGCCGCGGGCAGCCGGAGCCGAGCAGGCGGAUGGAGGAUGCGCUUUCCCUGGCGGGCUGCGUGACCCGGCGGAGGCGAAGGGGAGGAUGAAGAAGAAGCAGCAGCACGGCGGCGGGGACUGCCCGGCGCCCCGGCCCCCCGCGGCGGCGGCGGGAGGGGGCCUGGGCCAGGGCGGGGGUUGGAAGAGGCGUCGGCCCCUCUCUCUGCUGCCCUUCCUCUCGCUGCGCGACUACGGCUUCUGCAUGGCCGCCUUGCUGCUCUUCUGCCUGGGUUCCCUCUUCUACCAGCUCAACGGGGGCCCCCCGCACUUUCUGCUGGACCUGCGGCACUAUCUGGGAAAUUCCACUUACUUGGAUGACCACGGACCACCCCCUCAAAAGGUACUUCCUUUCCCCAGCCAGGUGGUCUACAACAGAGUUGGAAAGUGUGGGAGUCGAACUGUGGUUUUGCUUUUGAGAAUUUUGUCAGAGAAACAUGGAUUCAACCUGGUUACAUCUGACAUCCAUAACAAAACAAGACUGACUAAAAAUGAACAGAUGGAAUUGAUUAAAAACAUAAGCACUGCUGAGCAGCCCUAUUUAUUCACUAGACAUGUUCAUUUCCUCAACUUCUCAAGGUUUGGAGGAGACCAGCCAGUGUACAUCAAUAUUAUUAGAGAUCCUGUCAAUCGGUUUUUAUCCAAUUAUUUUUUUCGACGUUUUGGAGACUGGAGAGGAGAACAGAAUCACAUGAUCCGUACUCCCAGCAUGAGGCAGGAGGAAAGAUACCUGGAUAUUAACGUAUGUAUCCUGGAAAACUACCCUGAAUGCUCCAAUCCCAGGUUAUUUUACAUCAUACCAUAUUUCUGUGGACAGCAUCCAAGAUGCAGGGAGCCUGGCGAAUGGGCCCUUGAAAGAGCAAAGCUGAACGUUAAUGAAAAUUUUCUGCUUGUGGGUAUUCUGGAGGAGUUGGAGGAUGUGCUGCUUUUAUUAGAAAGAUUUUUACCUCAUUAUUUCAAGGAUGUGCUUAGCAUCUACAAAAACCCAGAACAUAGGAAACUUGGCAAUCUGACUGUGACAGUGAAAAAGACCGUCCCCUCUCCUGAAGCAAUACAAAUCCUCUACCAACGCAUGAGAUAUGAAUAUGAGUUUUAUUACUAUGUCAAAGAACAGUUCCACCUGCUGAAGCGUAAGUUUGGACUGAAGUCUCAUAUCAGAAAACCACGUCCCAGACCUGAGUUCUUCAUUCCUUCACCCCUGGAAACAGAAGAACCAAUAGAUGAUGAGGAAGAAGACGAUGAGAAGUGGCUAGAGGAUAUCUAUAAAAGGUGAUGGAUGGAAGAGCUGUCCUUUUUCUUCUGGUGACCCCUCCAGCUUUCUUAAGAUUUUUUUUAAUUAUUAUUAAAAGUAAUUCCUUAAGGAACUGAGUUAAUGCGCAGCAGCAUCCGAAAGAACGAAAGAGACGAUUUGCACAUGCUGGGGCCAUCGGGAGACACCUGGUUUUGCAGGUUUGAUUCAUUAUAUUGUGUUGGCUCUGUAGCACCCAUGCUGUAAGACAGUUUAAGAAAGAAGUGUCUACUGUCUAUCACAAAAUAACUUUUGGAAUACGCAGUAGUCCUUUGGGAGCCUGCAAAACACGGAAGAAUUGAUUAGGUGGUCUUGAAAAGUGAAUUUUACAGAUUCUUGUCUCUCUCUUUCUCCAGAAACAGGUCUUGAUUGCAUAACACUGUGGCAGUAACUCCCAGCAACGUGGACUGGGAAGAGAGCCACUUUUUACCCCAGAGCACACUGGUAUCCCAGUGGUAUGGCCAGAGCCACUGCCCUGUCUGUGCACAUCUGGAUAACAGGCUCAGAAGGGGGAUAGAUAAUGGCUUCUGAAUUCCCCUGUGCAGGAGGAGCGAGGCUGCUAUUCUGGCAAAUUAAUAUUAGUGGAUAUAAGGCAAGUUACAGGAACUAGAUGGUCCUGGUAAAUACUUCUAGUUCAUGGAGUGGAAAGAGCUACCAGGUCAGUGAAUGGCAACAACAGAUGAAAAGUGCAAGGCAGGGUUACCUAAACAAUAGUGGUUUCUUUCUGCAGUUGAGUACUUUACUAUUAGAUUCUGAAGGAAAAGGUGCAGCGUAUGGUUUUUAUGUUCAGGAAGGAUAUUCACAGAUUUUUAUCUGAAGAGAUACAGAAAAAGUCACUCAUUAAAAAAUGUAGAUGAUCUGGAACUCCCAUUAAGCAUGACCAGCGUUCCUGUGACUGCAGAGUUUAGUUAUUCACUUCUGAAGCUGAGUGCUGCUGCCCCACCAGUGCAAACACCAGAUGUCCCCUUUUAGCAUGGCUAGAAAUAAAAUUAACAAUAUGGGCACAGACAGCUUCUCCAGUUGAAGUAUUUCAGAAUGAUAAAAAGGCUGCAGCAUACUCUCGUGAAACCAAAGCCGAUUCAACAAUCCAUUGUUAAGAGAGGCCUGGGAAAGUUUGCCUUUGUUAAUCACUACAAGUAUUAUCAGCAAACACUAGAGAAGGGAGGGAUGGAGGCUGGGAGGGGAGAGGGGAAUAGCUGAAACAUGUGACAUGCUGUUGUCUUUAAGGUGAGUGCCUCCGGGAUUCCCUGUGUCUUGUGGGCUUACCAGGACCGGUGGUGCAGAAGUGAGGGACCUGCAGGUAGCAAUGGGCAGAGCUAUUUGCCCAUCUGUGUUCUGUAGCAGAAUUGAGGGAUUCUGGGUCUUGAUGAGGUGUUGGUCUCUUGUGCACUGUUGUUGACAGAGGAAGAUGGACUAGUAGGGGGUAAUAGCAAUAAAUUCCUGUUCUAAAGCAUAGGAAAGAAGUAGAGCGAGAGUUUCAGCUCCUUGCCAGGUGAGUCCCAGUAACACUUAAGGUGCAAUACACCUCUGUCUAACUCACAUUCGUUCUUAAACGUCUACCAGACAACUUUUGCUUUCUACUCUUCAGCUGCCUUAGCAGCCAUCUGCCAUCUGCAAGGUCAUACUUCAGUUUGCAAUAAUAAGCAAAAGUUAUUUUGUGAUGGACAGGGCGUAUAAACUCAGGCUAAGAUCGAAUGUGCUUUCCGAGGGUUUCCUCUUCAUUGAGCCUGCUAAGAGCCAAUAGACAUUAUGGCCCAUCUUCAUCAGUCUUUACUGUACCUACAUGUAGAGAACAAAAAUAAAGUAUAAUCAUGUUAAGACAAGAUGCAAACUUACAGAAAAUAUUAUGUUGAAGGUUCUGUUCUCAUUAUUAACAUCCAAGGUUGGUAGUAGCACUAUGCUACCGUGGGAGACCACGCUAAAGGAACCUGAAAAUGGCACAGAUAACAACUAACAUAUUGGUUAAAAAAUGAAUCUGCUGCAUUGUAUAUUUUAAGUGGUUUCUAUGAAAUUACAUUGAAAGAAUAAUGAUUAGUUUACACACUGUGGAGUUGUUAUAUUUCGGAAAGAAAACUAAUAUUCACACCUUCCAGAAAAUCUGUUUGAAUCUUUUUUGCCAAUGUUGUAACAGAAUAAUCAGUCACCUAACACAUUCACCCUUCCUGCAAGUUCACUACCACUUACUGUAAACUCUGUGUUUAUCUGUUUAUUUAAUGGUAUCUUCAGCCAUCACUACUUAUAACCUAAAUACAAAACCUGUUUAAUAAUUUACUUGCUAGGUUUUAACAUUGUUGUAUUUUUUGUAACAAUCAACCUGGCCUCUCCUUCUUAAAUGGUACUUCAUAAAUUUAUCUGGCACAUAGUGUCUGAGAUUGCUGGUCCUACAGCUUAUUUGUCUGUCAUGAAAUAUAUUUUACUUAACUGUUAAAAGG